CUUAUUAACUUCUCUCAUUCCCUAUCUCUCUCUUCUCUCUAUACACUACAACACAACAGUCUCUCUAAUCAAAUUGAGACACAGAGAGAGAGAAAGAGAUUUGACAAAAAGAAACUUAUUAAAGUCUUCUUAGGUUUCUUGUCUUGCUUUUUGUUCUGUUCUUGUUCUCUCUUUGGCGAAAAGAAGAGAAAAAUGCAGAACAAACACAAAUGCAAGCUCUGUUCCAAGAGUUUCUGUAACGGCAGGGCACUUGGUGGUCACAUGAAGUCUCACUUGGUCUCAUCCCAACCCUCCACUCGCAAGAAACUUGCUGACUCGGUCUAUUCAUCUUCUUGCUCUUCCUCCGACGGCAAAUCUCUCGUCUACGGGCUGCGUGAGAACCCGAGGAAGAGUUUCCGGGUCUUUAACCCGGAUCCUGAGUCAUCCACUGUUUACAACAGUGAGACAGAGACAGAACCUGAGUCCGGAGACCCGGUAAAGAAAAGGGUCAGAGCGGAGGUUUCAAAGAAGAAGAAGAAGAGUACUAAGAGAGUGUUUGCAAACUCGAAGAAGCAGAAGACGAGCCACGAGUCACCGGAACCGGCGAGGAGUUCUGUCUCCGAUGGCUCUCCGGAACAAGACUUAGCUAUGUGUUUGAUGAUGCUGUCAAGAGAUUCAAGAGAGCUUGAGAUCAAACUGAUAGAACCAUCGGAAGAGACAAAGCCGGAACAAAUACAUUUUCCGGAGCUCCGCCGCUGUAUGAUAGAUCUGAAUCUUCCUCCGCCGCAAGAAGCCGAAGCUGUCACCGUCGUUUCAGCCAUAUAAAAGGUUUUCAAGAGAUUAGAUAUAACAAUCGGAAAAUCAAAGAAUCUUGAUGGUUUGGUUUGUCUUCAAGAUUUUAUAUUCUUUAUUAGGAAAAAAAAAACCGUUGAUUGGUUUUGGAAUCUUUGGGACUGUAUAAUCAAACAAUGUACUUUUGAUGUAAGACAACCAAAGAAAGAAGAAGAAGAAGCAAGAAACAAGCUCUGUUUCAAAUUUCUUAUCUUUUAACAGUUUGAGCUUUUGAGGGUCAUGGAUGAGAUGAUUCUUGAUUGUUGGAUCUUUUUGUUGGUAAUGUCGUUUAGAUAUUUGGAAUUCUUGAGAUGAUUCUUUUGCAUGAUCUUUGGAUCUUGGAUCUUCUUUAAUGUGUUUUUAAUGGAACUAUUUAAUUUCAACUGCA